GGCUCCAUGGCGAAGAACUCUCAGGUGCUUCCCGCAGACAUGUUGUUUUCACCGCAACGAUCGAAUGACGUCUUUUGCGGGUGGCGGAGACGGGUGCCAUAAGUGGGUGGUGUUAUUACACAUUUGAGCAACGUCCCUUGAAACAAAAACAAAAACAAAAACAAAAAAAAAAGGGAAGAGGGGGCGGCAGACUCGGCUGGUACAAAUGAGACACUCUGGCGGUAAAUAUUUAAUCAAAUGUUGAUAAAAAAAAAAAAGAGAAGCCAGAACUGCUCUACACCGAUUGCCAUAAAAGCCAGUUGCCCUGUGGGAAUCGCUAGCAAUCAGGUCUGGGAAUAGAAAUGCGCAACUUCGUGAUCAUAUUUAGCCUAUCUCUGGCAUUUGGCAUCGCCUCCGCCACCGAUUAUUGCAAAAAGAGCUGCGGAAGCACCAAGAAUCUGGGAUGCGACAAUAAUGGAGCCUGGGCCUCAAGCUGUCCCAGUGACGCCACCCUGUUGACCCUCUCCAGCGCUGAGAAGGAUGCACUGGUGGCCAGGACGAACGAGUAUCGCAACCACAUCGCCGGCGGACUGAAUGCCAAUCUGAGUGCCGCCUGUCGAAUGGCCACGAUCAAGUGGAACGAUGAACUGGCUUACUUGGCCAGUUUGAACGUGAAAAGUUGUCAAAUGAAACACGACGGCUGCCACAAUACGGAUGCUUUCGACUGGUCUGGCCAGAAUCUGGCCUGGAUGGGCUACUACAAUCCGCUAAAUGUUACACACUAUCUAGAAUGGGGCGUCGAUAUGUGGUACGAUGAGGCGGUGUACACCAAACAGGCCUACAUCGAUGCCUAUCCGUCGAACUACAAUGGUCCGGCCAUUGGACAUUUCACGGUGCUCGUUGCCGAUCGGAAUACGGAAGUGGGUUGUGCCGCGGCCACGUACUCCGUGUCCGGCCAAUCGUACAAGGCCUUCCUGCUGGCCUGUAACUAUGCGGCCACCAAUGUUCUGGGCAUCAAGAUGUACAGUUCCUGCUCCAAGGCGGCCAGCAAGUGUACCACCGGUACCAAUCCCAAGUACAAGUAUCUGUGCAGCGCCAAGGAGGAGUACAACGUAAACAACCUCUUCUAUUGAGGCAAUAAAUAGAUGCUACGAUCGGUUCAAUUAUUUAAAUAUAUGUAUAUAUAAUCAAAUCAAUAGAAGGGUAGGGUGGACCUUAUUAUCAAAGAUUAACUAAAGCACUGAGAUAAUAGGAGAAUCGUAUGUGAUUCGAAACUGUUUAUAAAGUUAUGCAGCAUAUCUGUAACAUUCCUAUUAGUUUUAAAAUACAAAUACGGGAUAAAUUCUAAAAAUAUAAUAUAAAUUAAUUGUAACAUACCAAUUAAUGAGUAAGACGGGGACUUAAGCGAAACAGCUAAGCUCUUAUCUCUUGUCUAUUUAAAAAAGUUAAGAUAAACGAUUUCAGAUGAAGGCUCGUCUUGGAUGUAAGAAAUCUUCUUCUAGGAAUUGUAGUAUAUGACCUGAUAAGAUAAAAACAUAAAUAACUCAUACCUCAAAUAUAGGAAGAGCCCAUUUUAAUCUGUAAUAUUCCAAUUCGCGAUAUGUAUCUGUUUUUAUUUAUUUAUUUAUUUGAUUUGACCAUACUACCACAAUGAAUUGUGCAAGUAUACAUGUAAGGAAACUGAUAUCGUUAUUUAAUUAUAUUUGUUUCUUUUUUUUUGAUUUCUUGUACCUUUGUUUAUCUGAGUUUUGAUAAAGAAUGAAAACAAACUAAUAAAACGU